GCCCACUCAAAUUUUUCAUCGUCUUCUUCACGAGAAUCUUUUGAUAAAAUUCUCAAGAACCCUAAUUUCUUCAGAUCUUCUCACUCAAAUUUCCGAGAAAAUGAAGAUUGUUGGCGCUAAUAUCCAUUUCCAGAAGUUGGAAGCCAAGUGCUCCUCAUCAACGUUCUAUCAAUCCUAUCUGGAGAUGAUUGCUGCUCAAGAGCUCUCCGAAUUUCUUCAUAUGGAGAUUCGAUUCAAGUAUGAGAACGAAGUUCUUGAAUUCUAUAAGAAUGGAAAGCUUCACCUUCCCAAUUCUGGAGUUGAAAUUGGGAGACUUCCAGCCAAGAAUCUGGAUUGGAGCAUUAUUGGAAUUUCUGGGCAAAAUCCCUUUGGCCCAGCAAAGAAAGCUCAUCUGAACAACGACUACAAGCUAGUCCUUGAACUGGUCAUCGCAUGCCUCGAAUGUGGAAGUGGAGGACAUGCUGAUGACAUCACCCAAGAGAGGGCCUUCAUCAUCAAUGCCCUCAUUACCAAGUCUAAGGUAAAUUGGGCUGCUCAUUUCUUCAAUUCCAUCUCAAAGCAUCUGGGAAAAUCCAACCAGAAAUACCUUUGUCAAGGUCUGUACAUUGGACAUAUCUUGGAGUCCUUGGGUGCUGCUUCUGAAGGAAAGAAGUAUGAAGCCAGAUAUUGGCUGUACUAUUUGUCUUCCAAAGGGGAAAACAGAGCUGGUGCUAGCACAACUGCAGAGGAAAGUUCUUCAGACAAUGUCCUUUUCAUGACAGAACAGUUGCUGAGUUGGGACCAGCAAUUGAAGAAUGAGAAGAUGAUCAAGAAAUGCUUAGGUCUGCCAGUCAACUAUUGUUGUGAGCAAAUCCUGGAUGCUGACUGGGUAUGGCAAAGGAACUAUGAAGAUUUGCAUCUGGAACAGUUGGUCACCUCACCAAUUUCAGAGUUUGAAGUGGAUGAUGAGGAUCCUGCAGUAUACAAACCAGUCCUCUCAAAAACCACAGAAGAUCAGGUGGUUCUCACUUCUGAAGCACAGUCUAACUUGGAAACAACAGCUGAGGAUUUCCAAAUAUUUCCGGAAACCUCAUCUGCCUUUGAAACUGUUCCACCUGAAGCUGAAGUCUCUACUCCACAAAAACAGAACCAGGAAGGAUCAAAUGAAGAAUUCCAGCAACUUCUCCAUUCUGAAGCAUUAGAGAUUCUCACAAAUCCUUGUGAGAUCACCAAUCCUACUGAAACUGAGAUCUCGGAGAAGUCAACAGAAAAUCUGGAGAUGUACAAAACUCCAGAAACAAAUGAAGCUCAAGAAGAGCAAGCUGUAGAAGCCCAGAGAAGUUCUGCAGAAGCUGAGAAGGAAACUCAAAUGGCAGAACUGGAGGCCUCCAAAUCUCCAGUAACCAACUUCCAUUUCCAUAGCUCUUCCAUUCCUACUCUUCCGGAUGAGGUACCGAAAAUCUGGACAAAGAAGGUCCAAGGGCUGAUUGACUCAGCCCUAGCAUCCCAACAUGCCUCCUUUAGGCAAGAGAUAGAGCAGAUGGAAGCCAGGCACAACAAACUGAUUGAGAAAUCCGAAGAAACACACUGCUCCAAUCUCAAGGAGAUAAGCAAAUCAGUGGAUAAAACUCUAGAGAUCUUAUCUCUAUUGAGUAACACUGUGAGCAACACGAUGGAGACAUAUGCAUCUGACAGUUAUCUUCAACUUAAGGAGACUAACAACAUCAGAGACCAAAUAGGAAAUGUCACAAUCAGUCUACAAAAACAAAUGUCCAUUCUCCAAAUGGAUAUCAGAGCAGCUCUGGCAGUGUCUUCAGCAAAUCAAGUAGUAACCAAAGACUACUUGAAGGUAAUCAUUGACAAUCAGAAGGAAGCACACAAACUAUUCAGACUUCUUACCACAAAUUCUGGAAAUCGCAAGAUGGAAGUGGUUCUUCAACAACACAGUCCAUCCUUGAUUCCAGAGCUCCCCAUUGCAGUCAAAGAAGGAGAAGUCUCUUACAUUCCUACGCAUCUAAACUUGACUGAUCUAGUCCUUGAAGCUCAGAGAAGCAAUCUGGAAAACUCAACACAGCGCUUAUCCAGCUCCGGAUUGGAUGGAACAGAGGCUGUAGGAACAAUUGCUGCUCACUUCUCAAAUGAAAAUCAAACAGAGGAGAGACGGAACAACAUAAGGCGCAUCAAAGAACUAUGUGGAAACAUGCAAGGCAUCAGGGAGAUUGCCGAAUCUUCAAAGCGCAAGAAGCACUGAAGGUAAGCAGAAAGCAGAAUGUGAUCCUGGCGGCAGAUGGGGCGAGAUUGUCGGGAUGGAUGUGACAAGUUUUGAAACAAUUUAUGAUAUGUCAAUAUUAAAAUCGCUUCCGCAAUAUUGUUGAAUACUCCGUAUUGUAUAUGUAUUGAAAAAUAUUAUUGGGAUUAAUAAAGUGUGUUUGAAAAG